AUGAAAAGGGUGACUAUUCAAUCUGGAUCUCAAAAUGAGCAAGAGACAAAUUUAAAGAAGGCAAGACAAGGGAGAAGGAAUGACAGACAGCUGUCAUUCAUGGUAGAUUAUAUGGUGCAAAACCCACACGUUGCUACGGGCAAAUUUCAUACUUUGAAUGGGAAAAAUAGUUUAGCUGGCUCAUGGGAAGACUUGGUUACAAAUUUAAAUAACCUUCGUAAUCCUGGUGUGAAGGAAAAAAAUGUUAAGUCGUGGAAAGAGUCUUGGAGAGAUUUAAAAACCAAAGUUUCAAAAAAAGCAUCUGCUUUAAGAAAUGAUAAGAAACGAACUGGCAAUAAGCAAAUUGAAUUAGCUGAGUUAUCUGAGAUUGAUAAUAAGGUUUUAGGACUAGUAGGAUACGGUUAUGUUGAGGGGACAGUAUGUCCAGAUUCGUUUCCAGAAGAACUGCCUGAUGAUGUUGAGAAAUUGGCUGGUGGUAAUUAUGAUAUUUUGAAUAUAGUACCUACUCCACUCACCAUUAGGCCAAACCAGGAUCCAGAUAUCAUUGGUUAUACAAAUGAAAUAAGUUCACUUAUAGAAACCAACAAGACAAUGACACCACACAUUCUAAUAAAUGUACCUGCUGAAUCAAAUACAUCUUUUAUUUCUGAGACAUCCAUUGAUCAUUCAUCUGGCAAACAACCCAUAUUGCCAAACAUAUCUGCCAAACAUUCUAAAUUUUCAAACACACCAACCACUAAUUUAAAAAAGACUAAAAGGGAUGUCAAACUUAAUACACAGUUAAGCAAUGCACGUGCGGUAUUCACUGAUUUAGCUAAAACUAACAAUCAACAAUUGGAGAAUUGCGGAAAAUUUGAAAAAUCGCGAGCAGGCCCCUUAACUACUUCAUUAAACAUGUUUGCUGAAAGCAAUAAGCAAAUGGCUGCUGCACUUAACAAAAUGGCUGAAAAUGAUGAAAAAAGACUGUUAAUGGACGAGAAACUUGUUACCAUAUUAUCAACUGUAAUUUCUAAAUUAAAUUAA